AAUGGUGCGUAAGGUCGGGAUAGGUCAAACAUGGCUUCCAUGGAGGAGAAAGCUGGGAUGGAACCUGGAAGACAACAACUGAAUGCGAAGGAAGUGCCCACAACAUGCCUCGGGACACAAGGCUGCUUCUUCCGACGCUCGCGACGUCAGCGAAACACUUCGCUAUCAAUGGAACUGAUUGAGGCUGCAGAGGAAGGGGAGGUGACAAGAAUACAGAGACUGGUGAAGAGAGGCGCGGAUGUGAAUGUGGGAGAUCCCGACAGACAAGGUAACAGUGCCCUACACCAGGCUGUACUGAAGGGCCAUGCAGAUGUUGUACAACUGCUACUGAAUGCAGGCAGCCAAAUCAACUGCAAAAAUCAGGAUGGAGACACACCUCUACAUUGUGCUGCAUCCUCCAACAUGCAAGGGAUCCUAAAGCUCCUCGUAAACUACUCAGGGUGCAGUAUCAAUGCCAAGAACUAUGAACUGAUUGAGGCUGCAGAGGAAGGGGAGGUGACAAGAAUACAGAGACUGGUGAAGAGAGGCGCGGAUGUGAAUGUGGGAGAUCCCGACAGACAAGGUAACAGUGCCCUACACCAGGCUGUACUGAAGGGCCAUGCAGAUGUUGUACAACUGCUACUGAAUGCAGGCAGCCAAAUCAACUGCAAAAAUCAGGAUGGAGACACACCUCUACAUUGUGCUGCAUCCUCCAACAUGCAAGGGAUCCUAAAGCUCCUCGUAAACUACUCAGGGUGCAGUAUCAAUGCCAAGAACUAUCAUGGUGAUACAGCCCUGCACUGUGCAGCCAGGUGUGGACAUACAGACGUGGCCAGAUACCUCAUCAGUCUACCUGGGAUCCAGGUCAACAUGAAGAACAAUCUGGGCUACACAGCUCUGCAUAUCUCAGCUGCAGCCUGCAGGUGUGACCUGGUCAACAUGUUCCUAGAGGAUGAUGGGUGCCAGCUGGACAGCAGGAACAAGCAUGGGAACACACCCCUCCAUGAGGCUGCUAUGAAUGGCUGUGUAGAUGUGGUCAGGCAGCUGGUCAAUGCUAACUGCGAUGUUAAGGCAGAAAACAAGGAUGGUAACACACCCCUGCAUAGUGCAGCCUGGGGAGGGCACUGUGAGGUCACAAGACUCCUCAUCACAGGCGGAACAAACAUCAAUGCAAGAAACAGUAAUGGAGACACACCUCUCCAUGUAGCAGCUCAAAUGGGCCACAGUGAGGUGGCACACACUCUGAUCCAUGCAGGAUGUCAUCUCAACAUACUCAACUAUGACAAUAUGACGGCUAGAGAUAUUUGUCAAGAUCACAAAGACGACAGCCACAAAGAGAUUGUGGCCGAGAUAGACUCCAUUACAAGAAUCAAGAAUGACACAGCAACGAGAAGUCUUGCCGACAUUGUGCUUAUAGAAAUUAAAGGAGUGUUAAGUGAUGAGAGCCUGUGGAAGCUGUCUAAGUGUAUAGGUUCAGAGUGGGACGCCAUGAUGGUGUAUCUGGGCUUCCAUCAGAUGGACAUAGUCAGGGUCAGACUGGAGUUCUUCUGUGACAUGAACUUACAGAUCUACUCGUUGUUGAAGGAGUGGAGGAACAGAACUCCCCCGGCUCAGGAGAAACUGGGCAUCCUGGCUGACGCUCUGCGGGAGGUGGGCAGGAAGGACCUGGCAGAGAACCUUCUGAUCGGGAUUGUGAGUGAACCACCUGGGGAGGAGACCCAGAUCUAGCUGGCAUUGUUCCUGUUUGUUUGUUUGUUUGUUUGUUUGUUUGUUUGUUACCCUGUUUGUCUGCAUAACCAUCAAACUGCCUUUAGGCACAACACACCAGUUUUGUUACAAGUUAAGUACAAACUAGCCUGUUAUUCAAGUUCUUUUUCUGGCGCUCAUAAAGCGGCCAACCCCGUACUAUCGGCAGGCCGGCGAAAAGCGAGGUUUAUUCAGGCUAAAUGCAAACUACAUAAGGUAAAACUGAUAAGUCACACACACUGAGGAGGACCCAUACUCUUAUGGAUAAGUGUGGUGGGUUCUUUAAUAUGAUUGAGGUGCAGCUCACCCCAAACACAGGACCUGUGCUUUACAUCAUAUCCAAGAGGACAUCCCUGAACAUAUAUACAUCGUAGCUAGGGAGCGAUUUUCACCUGAGUUGAGUGAAGGAAUAGAUAUAAGUAAAGUUCCUUUCCCAAGGGCGCAACAUUGGGACUAUGGACUGGAAUAUAGAACCUCUAUAUUCUGUGAAGAUUUGAGGUGCAUUUCUGGGUUCUUUCCACAUCUGUUUUUGCAUGAUUGUAUAAUGUUAGAGAACAUUUGUUCAAAGGAAGUGGGAAGAGUAAGUCAAAGAAAUAAGUUGCUUUUACAAUAGGGAAAUGCCCUCUAUUACUUAUUGGUGUACAUAGUGGUAUGAAAUUGACAUAAUGUGAAACAUUUUUUAUGAACUUUUACCAUGACAUUGGUCUGUUAAACUUAUAUAUGAUUGUAAAUUGUAUAUAAUUCUAGAUGUCACAUAUUUCUAAAAUGAAUAUUUAAGUCUAAAACUGUAAUUGCACCAGCUAGCCUUCUAAGAAGGACAAGAGAGCUACAUGUAUUUAUUGUUGUGCAGAACACAAAUUUUAUGUAUCUUUUUAUCCUAAUUUAAGGAAGUAACAGUUACUAGUAAGUAUUUAUGUAAGAGUAAAAAAUGAAUGAGGAGUGAUAGAGCAUCAGAAUCAAAUGGUUACAUUAUAUGUCCUGGCAGUGUUCUAGCCAGCAGGAAUUUUUUCAUCAUCUCAUGAUUUUGUUCGAUGUAACAUUAUGUCAAGUGCCCAAGGCACAAAAAUCCUAGGGUCCUAGUAAAAUUUCGAAAUCUUGACCCUCUGAAAUGCUAUUUCUUGCAUUUUGAGGGCCAAAAUUUCCUGGUAGACUAACUUUAGCUCAAUGACAUCUCUUUCUAUAUCUUUACAUGGCAAUUUUGUAUGUCAAAUAUAUGAUGGAUUGGGCAAAAUUUUUAUCCGCCUCUAGUGGCAAACCUCUGUCAAAUGGCAGACGCUGGCUAGUGUCCUGGAAAUAUGUCAAUAGACUAUGGAAUCAUCAUAUUCAUAUUAUGUUUAAGUUAACUGAUACACAUACAUGAUUGUACAUCCAAUAGUAUACAUCUUUGAGAAGUGAUACACUUAUACACUAAGAAAUAAACACCUUUGCCUGUCUUCUAUCCUUA